AUGGCUGCUGCCUUUGAUGGUAAUCUCUCUGCGCAGGAGCUUGCUGACAUGCUACCGACUGGCGUUGCAAUUCUCAAUCAAAACGACGAGUCAAUCAUGGUGAACCGGCGUUUCCGGGAGCUUAUGACCUGUUCAAGAGCUAAGUCAUUCGAAUGCUGGUCACAAUCAAUCCACCCAGAUGAUUUCGACCGGAUAGCAACUGCCUAUUUUGAGACCUCACGCUCUAAGCGUGCCCUUCGCAUCGAGUUCCGCACUCGCAGCCGAAUCCCUUUGUGGCGUGUUCUGAUGUUGGCUCCGUUAGAUGACGCUGAUCUGCACCGGCUCAAUUUAAGCAAUGGAGGUUUUAUCUGCACCAUAGCAGAUAUUACCCACGAAAAGACGGCCGAGCUACUGCAAAUGGAAAUUGCACGAGAAGCGCAAGAGCGCAAGCAACAACAGGAACGAUUCAUCGAUAUGAUUAGUCAUGAAGUCCGAAAUCCUCUUUCUGCUAUUCUUCAUUGCACAGAGGAUAUACUUGAGGCAGUGAAGGACAAAGAAAGUAGCGGGGUAUCUGUGGCAGACAUUACACAAGCGGCAGAAACAAUCAGCUUCUGCAUUGCACAUCAAAAGAAGAUUGUCGACGAUGUCCUGACCUACUCGAAGCUAGACGCAUCAAUGUUGACCUUGUCACCGCGAAGGGCUCAACCAAAACGACACUUGGCACGAACGUUGUCCAUAUUUCGACCGGAGCUUCGGAAGCAAGACAUUCAAUUUGAAUACAAACUUGACCAUUCAUACUCAGAUUGCGGGAUUGAGUGGGUGUUAGCCGAUUUCGGCCGGAUGGGCCAGGUUCUCAUCAAUCUGGUUUCCAAUGCUAUCAAAUUCACCGCCAAAGCGAGCAGUAAGAGAGAGAUCAGAGUCUCCAUUGGCGCCUCUACGAAGCGGCCGCCGUCUUACCCUCCCAAUGUUGUUUUUUUGAAUCCAGCGAAGAUGCACUUCGCUUAG